AUGGCACAGCUGAAGCCAACAAGGGUUCUUUUGGUGGGAUUCGAUGGGGAAGCCGUAUAUUCAAAAGGGAUCAUUCAACUUCCGCUAACUGUGGGAAAAGGCUCCCGAACUUCUCGAGUCAUGUUGGAUAUCCUGGUAGCAGACGUACCUUCGGCCUAUAACAUGAUCCUCGGGAGGUCGAGCCUUAAUGCCCUUCGGGCUAUUCCCAGCACGUACCAUAUGAUGAUGAAGUUUCCUACGGACAGCGGAGUAGGCAAAGUGCAAGGAGAUUUGCGCUCAACUCGCGAAUGUUAUAUACCCUCCAUCGACAUAGCAAAGGAGAAAGAAGCAGUGUCGCAAGGGGAAGCUUCGAGCCCCUGA